CACGCGGAUGCUAAACUAAUCGUCGCGGAUUCCCUUCUCAAAGUUCAGGGAAUGAGUCGAGAAACGUGCCUAUUUUCCUCGCAAGUACAUCAUGUCACGAUUCCAAAGCUAUAUAAUAUACCAGAUAUCAAUUACAAUCUAUCUUGGAAAAUAUUCGUAAUGUUGUUCUUCUUGUUGACGAAAUUCAUGAUAAUGUUGUGUUUUUGAGCGAGCGCACCCAUAAUCACCCAGAAUGCACCGCGCGGCCCAUUGACGUAGCAUGGGUAAUGUACACAAUGGGCGUUAACAGGAUUUCAAUGGAGUUUCUGUAUUUCUGCCGUUGCUAACGUUUGAAGCCACUCUGUGGGGCACAUCGAUCUGCACGUUGAACAUAGUGAAAUUGUAGACUCCUAAAUUGACAGUACAGCUUGUUUAGGCGAUUUUACAACAAACUAGCUACUUAACAUGCUGAUAUUGUUUUUGGUGUUAUUGUGUGUAGCUACGUUUGUUUGUUUGUUUGUUUGCUAGCUAGCUAGCCAGCCAGCCCAUAUAGAGAGCAUUGCAUUAUGGGUUUUGUGGUCGACCUGAGCGGCAACAGAUUUCCAUGACGGUUUUCACAUGUUGCUACCAACCUUAUUAUAACGCCAAAAUGAAAUAUUUGUUAACAAAAACAUUUGUUCUCACAGGGGUGGCAGGGUAGCCUAGUGGUUUGAGCGUUGGACUAGGAACUGGAAGGUUGCAAGUUCAAACCCCCGAGCUGACAAGCUCUCUGCCAGAGGAUCAGUCCAGGUGUGCAGUGUGUCAGCAGGUGCAGAGGGAUCCAGUCUCAAUCUCCUGUGGACACAGGUUCUGCAGACAGUGCAUCACCAGAUACUGGGAGAAACCUGCUCCUUCAGGAGACUAUGACUGUCCUCAGUGUAGAAAGAAAUCCAGAACACUUCCUGUGCACCUGAGUGAACCCAAUGAUGCAAAAGGCUCUGAAAAUAUGGACGACAACCUGCAGAGAGCCAUAGUAAACCACAAAGACAGUCUGAAAAGGAGGUAUGAAUGUGUGAUAGGCAUUGAAAAAGCAGGGAUUCAAACUCCCCUCAACAGGAUUUACACAGAGCUCUACAUCACAGAAGGAGAGAGUGAAGGGGUUAACAAUGAACAUGAGGUGUGGCAGCUAGAGACAGCAUCCAGGACACCAACCUCACAUGACACAGCAAUCCACUGCAAUGACAUCUUUAAACCCUUACCUGGCCAAGAGAGAAGCAUCAGAACUGUGCUGACGAAGGGCAUCGCUGGCAUCGGAAAAACAGUCUCUGUGCAGAAGUUCAUCCUAGACUGGGCUGAAGGGAAGACAAACCAAGAUGUGGAUAUCAUAUUUGUGCUUCCUUUCUGGGAGCUGAACUUGAUUAAAGAUCAGCAGUACACUCUGCUUGGACUUCUAAAUUAUUUCCACACAGAACUUGACAUAGGCAAUGCAAAGAAACUCACUGCCUGUAAAUCUAUGUUCAUCUUGGAUGGUUUGGAUGAAAGCAGACUUCCAUUGGAUUUCCAGCACAACAAAAAGGUGUCUGAUGUCACACAGACAUCGUCUGUCGAUGUUCUGCUGACAAACCUCAUCAAGGGGAAUCUGCUUCCCUCUGCUCUCCUUUGGAUAACCUCCCGACCAGCAGCAACCAAUCAGAUCCCCCCUGAGUAUGUUGACCAGGUAACAGAGGUACGAGGGUUCAAUGACCCACAGAAGGAGGAGUACUUCAGGAAGAGAUUCAGUGAUGAGGACCUGGCCAGCAGAAUCAUCUCACACAUAAAAACAUCAAGGAGCCUCCACAUCAUGUGCCACAUUCCAGUCUUCUGUUGGAUUUCUGCAAUAGUCCUUGAACACAUGUUGAGUACAGACAAGAGGAGAGAGAUGCCCACGACUCUGACUGAGAUGUCCAUACACUUCCUGCUCAUUCAGACCAGACUGAAGAACCAGAAGUAUCAUGGACGAGAUGAGAUGGAUCAAGAGGAGCUCAUGGAGUCAGAUAAGGAGAUUAUUCUGAAGCUGGGGAAGCUGGCGUUUGAACAUCUGGAGAAGGGUAAUCUCAUGUUCUAUGAAGAAGACCUGAAAGAGUAUGGCAUUGAUGUCAAAGAAGCCUCAGUGUACUCAGGAUUGUGCACACAAAUCUUUAAAGAAGAGUCUGUGUUCUUUCAGAGAGUGGUGUACUGCUUUGAUCAUCUGAGCAUUCAGGAGUUUCUCUCAGCUGUCUACAUAUACCAUUGUUACACAAACAAGAAAAUGGAUGCACUGAAGCCCUUCCUCAAGAGAAAGUCUAGAGCUGCGUCUGAAGAGCUAACCUUGGAUGAGCUGCUGAAGAGUGCUGUGGAUAAAGCCUUGGAGAGUAAGAAUGGACACCUGGACCUUUUUGUCUGCUUCCUUCAUGGCAUGUCACUGGCAGCCAAUCAGAAACUCCUACGAGGUCUGGUGACACAGACAGAAAGCAGUCCAGAGAGCGUCGAGAAAACGAUCCGAUCCCUUAAGAUGAUGCAGAAGAACAUGUCCCCUGAGAGGUGGAUUAAUCUCUUCCACUGUCUGAUAGAGAUGAAAGACCAGUCAGUCCAGGAGGAAAUCCAAGCAUACUGGAGGUCAGAGAACACAUCCAAAAUCCUCACACUUGCUCACUGUUCAGCGCUGGCCUACAUGCUGCAGAUAUCAGAGGUGGUUCUGGAUGUGUUUGACCUGAAGGUAUACAAGACAUCAGAGGAGGGUCGUAGGAGACUGGUCCCAGCUGUGAGGCGCUGCAGGAAAGCUCUACUCACUGACUGUCACUUCUCAGACACGUUAUGUGAAGUGUUGGCUUCAGUUCUCAGCUCAAACUCCUCACAUCUGGUAGAGCUGGAUCUGAAUGAAUGUUAUGGCCUGACGGAUUCAGGAGUGAAACUGCUCUCUGCUGGACUGGGAAAUCCACAAUGUAAACUGGAGACUCUGAGACUCACUGACUGUAACCUCACAGACACAUCCUGUGAAGUGUUGGUCUCAGCUCUCAGUUCAAACACCUCACAUCUGAGAGAGAUGGAUCUGAGUAACAAUGACCUGAAGGAUUCAGGAGUGAAGCUGCUCUCUGCUGGACUGGGGAAUCCCCACUGUAAACUGGAGACUCUGAGCUUGUCGCUCUGUGGAGUCGAAGAGGAAGGCUGUGCAUCUCUGGUCUCAGCUCUGAGGUCAAACCCCUCACACCUGAAAGAGCUGGACCUGAGUAACAAUCGCUCAGGAGACACAGGAGUCAGACUGCUCUCUGCUGGACUGGAGGAUCCACACUGCAGACUGGAGAAACUCAAUGUGGAACCUGGUGGAGUGAACACAAUCAAACCUUGGCCUAGAAAAUAUGCCUGUGAUCUCACACUGGACCCAAACACAGUAAACCAACAGCUCUCUCUGUCUGAGGAGAACAGAAAGGUGACACGUAGGAGAGAGAAGCAGCCGUAUCCUGAUCACCCAGAGAGAUUUGAGUACUGCAGACAGGUGCUGUGUAGAGAGGGUCUGACUGGACGCUGUUACUGGGAGGUAGAGUGGAGUGGGAGAAGGGCUGUUAUAGGAGUGACAUAUAAAGGAAUCAGCAGGAGAGGAAAGAGUACAGACUGUCUGAUUGGAUUAAAUGACAAGUCCUGGAGUCUGCAAUGCUCUGACCAACAUUACACGGCCUGGCACAAUCAUAAACCCACUUCCAUAGAAGCCCCCUCAUCCAGCUUCCACAGAGUAGGAGUGUAUCUGGACUGGCCUGCCGGCACUCUGUCCUUCUACAGAGUCUCCUUUGACACACUGACCCACCUGCACACAUUCACCUCCACAUUCACUGAGCCCCUCUAUCCAGGGUUUAGGUUUUACUGUGACACCUCAGUGUCCCUGUGUCAGGUGUAGGGCUGACCCCAUUUAGUCUACUGGUCGAUCGUUUGGUCGAUAAGCUGUUGGUCAGCCGAGAUUUAUUUAGUCAAGCAGUGGCAAAUAUAUAUAAAAAUGUUAUGGCACGUGAGACAGCUGUUUGAUUCACACCUGUCUGAGUGGAAUUAUCCAUUGUGGAUGUUGCAGGGAUGGAACACCAGUUUAUUUCACCUUUAUUUAGCCAGUUAGGCCAGUUGAGAACAAGUUCUCAUUUACAACUGUGACCUGGCCAACAUAAAGCAAAGCAGUGCGACACAAUCAACAACACAGUUACACAUAAACAAA